AUGGAUGGUCUUGAGCCAGUCGAUCUUUACGUGGUACGCCAAGCAUCAUUUACCUUUUGGCAUAUUUAUCAGGGAAAAGAAGUCGAGAAGUUCCGGCGUUCAGAGGCCACUUCCCGGGCAUGCAGGACAGGUAAUUUCGUGAAAGAUCCAGCCACCGUCUUGCGAGCCAGACAGCACGCUUUUUGCUCCCAUCAUGAAUAUUACCAAUACACUAAGCAGGAUGAAAUGUAUUGUUCUCGCUGUGAGUUGCCCUACAGGUACUUGGUAUUCUCUGCCGAAGAGCGCAAGAAGCGCCGAGAUGUUCGUCUGUGUAUCGCGCACGACGGGUUCAUACGGCUUUGUUCUCAUCUUACGGUGCCGUUCUCUUGGGUCUGGGAUAAGACACGUUCGAAGCAAGCCGAUUCAGAUGAAGCCCGUCAAAUCAGAUAUAACUACAAUGUAUUCCUUGCGGCCAAAGGUUGCCGCGAGUGUGAAGGCACAGACUUCCAAGACACCACCACCCUGCAUCACGAAGGAGCUGCUUCUCGGUGGAUCCCUCUGCCUCCGACAAUAGCACUCUACGCAUUACCAAGGAUCUUUGAUUGGCUACGCAGAGUGAUGAUCACGUGGGAGUUGCCGUUAUUUAGGAUAGUCAAAAACGAAGCCAUCACUGUGGACUUCAUUAUGCAGAAGCUGAAGGAAUUUCAAACCAAGUACGGCAAUGUCUUUUUCUCUCACUUGGGCCGACACGGAAUCACCUCUCAGCUACUCAGGGCUCUCGACCCCCGUCACUGCGGCUGUCUAGGCGGAAACAGCCGGAUUGGGCGUCUCGUUGCCUGCAACGAGGCCCGAUGGGGGACUCGAGACUGGAGAAGAGCGGGAGGUCGAGAGAGUAGUGCGGAGCUCCUGCCACAUAGCGAACACAAAGUUCGCUGCAGGAUAUGCCCGAGUUCGUACCUAUGGGGAAGAGUUGGUCGCCAGAUAUUUCUAUCCCGCUUUUCUUCAGAUUUCAUCAUGGUGACUGAUGAGAAGUCUUCGUCUGUUACUAGUCCGUUAGCCAAGUUGCUGGAUCCUGAGUCUUACAGGCCGGAUUCGGAUGACACAACCAAGUAUCUCUUCUGGUGCAAAGACGCAAACUGUAGAAACGGUAAAGACUGGGCUGAAUACACCAAAGUACUCUGA